CUCUCUCUCUCUCUCGUCUUUGCAUUCCAAAAGAUUCUCUCAUUUGCAUUCAUGGCGGAAGAAGAAUUGAGUCCUGGUUCUCCUCACUCUCUCAAGAACAAACUCAGAUCCUCCCUCUGCUUAUCGUACUGCUUCCCUAACCGCCGCGUGAGGCCGAGGAUUGUUCGGAGCUCCUCGCUCCACAACAAGUCCCGCUCCACCGAUUUCCCGCACCUCAAGGAGAAGUGCUGCAACUUCAUCUCUCGGAUCGGCCGCCACCGCCGUCGCCACUCCGCCGACUUCCAGUACGACGCCCUCAGUUACGCCUUGAACUUCGAAGACGACGCCACCGACGAGAGGACCUUCGAUGACCUCAGGAGUUUCUCGGCGAGGUUGCCGGCGUCUCCGCCGUCCAAGGAAUCGCCGACUCCCGCGAAAACCGCAACUUCCGCCAUAGAAAUCGCCGCUCUUAGUUGAUCUAAAAUGUAGCAGCAGAUCUAAAAUGUGGAAAUAGUUUCGGUGGCGGUGCAGCCACCGUAGUAG